GGAGCGGGGAGGGAAGUCGCUCCAAGUGGGGAGCUCCGGAUGACUCCCGCAAGGACGCAUCAGCAGGGGGAACGGCUUCCGUGAAGACGAACGAGAGAGUGCGUGAACAAAAAGUGGAAAAGAAGACGGAGAAGAGGACGACGAGGCAGGCGGUAAAAAGGAGGAGGAGGAGCCUGUGAAGACGAGUUGAUGGAUUUGAUUCACAUUUUUAGAAGGAAUUGCGACUCUUUCAGAGUAGGAGGGGAAAACUUGGCGGGAAGACGAAGAGAGGAGACGAGAGUGUGACGGAACACAUCAUCGCUGCUUUGUUUUUGUCUUACCCCGCAGGACACCACUGCCCCCCCCCCUCCCUUUCUCUCCGUCCAUGUGUUAGCAUGUUUGUAGCUGCGUGAUGAAGCCUUGCCGGCUAAAUCUGUUCGGGGGCGGGGGUGACGGUGGGGGUUGAGGACAGGCGAGCACGUGGAAGUCAAGGUGGUCAGAGUGAGCUAGCGAAGCGGGGGCAGACUACCAAUGAGCUGCUUCUGUGAGUCCAAUUAAAGCUGCUCGUCAUCCUGCUGACGACCAGAUCGCCGGCUUGAAAGGCAGAGACGCUCAGACGGAACUAAGAGGAAGACGAAAGCACAAGCAAGAGUCUGAUACGUUCCAGUCAGCAGCCUCCGCUCUCGUCUCAUUGAUUUAAUUACAUUCUCAUCUCACGUUUGGACACCUCCCCACCCCCCUCAUUCUUUUCUUUUCUGCAAGCCCUCUGUGGUUUGUAUUCCGCCGUCCUCCCCUGUCCCUCCUUCCCUCCCUCCUCUUUUGCGUCGCGCGCUGUCUCAUCCUCUCUCGCUCGCUGUCACACAAACUGCGGUGGAUGCUCGCCUAGAAGCCUCCUUGUUUGGAGCGCGAUUUUUCUUUCUGCCGAGUCGGACCAUCAGCGGCGUCUCGGAUCAGGAGAGAGGCAGAGAUGACCAACAAGUCCCCUGUGCUGAGUUAACGGCGUAAAGAUAUCAGAGGGUGUCUUCCAAUAUCGUUGUGGUCCCGACGAGCAUCCGGGUGUGGAUUACAGUAGUGGAUUUGCCCUGGAGCUUCAUGUGGGCCUCAGCCCCUGAGGUCGGGCUGGGAAAUGUGGUUGUAGGAGCUCUGUGGGCGGCCAUGGCCCAAGAGGGGCGCUGUCUCCGGCGGGGAUCCCCGGCCGUAACCAGAAGGGGCGGUGAGGGGCGUCCCGCGAGGCCGACUGUCGCUCGGGUCACUUCCACUCUGCUGUCAAGGACACGCCUCCACGGCCUGAGGCAAGUUUGCGUCCCCGGUGGCUCUGUGGGCCGCCGGGUCUUCUGGCUGCUGGCCCUCUGCACCUCCCUCGGGCUCCUUCUGUCCUGGUCGUCCAACCGACUGCUCCACUGGCUCUCCUUCCCCACUUAUACACGCGUCCACACAGAGUGGGCCAAAGAACUGGCCUUCCCCGUGGUCACCAUCUGCAACAACAACCCCAUCCGCCUCUACAAGCUCACCAAGAGCGACUUGUACUUUGCCGGCCACUGGUUGGGCUUACUGCUGGCCAACCGGACCGUGAGGCCCAUGGUCCUGGACUUGCUCCAGGAGGACCGUCUGGCCUGGUUCGGGAAGCUGUCGGACUUCCGUCUCUUUCUGCCUCCCAGGAACUUUGAGGGGACCAACUUGGAGUUUAUGGACCGACUGAGCCACCAGCUGGACGACAUGCUCCUCUCCUGCAAGUACAGAGGAGAACCCUGCGGUGCUCACAACUUCUCAUCUGUGUUCACCAGGUACGGCAAGUGCUACAUGUUCAACGCGGCCGAGGACGGCAAGUCGCUGCGCACCACCAUGAAGGGCGGCACGGGGAACGGACUGGAGAUCAUGCUGGACAUCCAGCAGGACGAGUACCUGCCGGUGUGGGGGGACACAGAGGACACAGCAUUUGAGGCGGGGGUGCGAGUGCAGAUCCACAGCCAGGCGGAGCCCCCGUUUGUGCACGAGCUGGGCUUCGGCGUGGCGCCCGGCUUCCAGACCUUUGUCGCCACGCAGGAACAGCGGCUGACCUACCUGCCUCCCCCGUGGGGAGAAUGCGAGUCCAAGGCUCUGGAGUCGGGCUUCUUCCAGGUUUACAGCGUGACCGCCUGCAGGAUCGACUGCGAGACGCGCUACAUCGUGGAGAACUGCAACUGCAGGAUGGUACACAUGCCCGGUGAUGCCUCAUACUGCACCCCCGAGCAGUACAAAGACUGCGCAGAGCCCGCCCUCGCUAAGCUGUCAGCGGCGGAGAGCAGCAGCUGCAUGUGCAGGACACCAUGCAACGUGACGCGUUACAACAAGGAGCUGUCCAUGGUCAAAAUCCCCAGCAAGACGUCAGCGCGCUACCUGCAGAAGAAGUUCAACAAGUCGGAGAAGUACAUCUCGGACAACAUUUUGGUGUUGGACGUGUUCUUCGAAGCACUCAACUACGAGACCAUCGAGCAGAAAAAAGCCUACGAGGUGGCAGGCCUGCUGGGUGACAUCGGGGGUCAGAUGGGCCUCUUCAUCGGCGCCAGCAUCCUCACCAUCCUGGAGCUCUUUGACUACGCCUACGAGGUGGUGCGAGACAGACUACUGGACUUGCUGAGUCCAGAGGACGAGGAGGAGGGUCGCAGGGGAGAUGUGACUUCCUGCGAUCCGGUAGCCAACCACUCGGAGUCCAUCAGCCACAGUGUGGCCGUCCCUUUGCAGACCACCUUGGGCACCUUGGAGGAGAUCGCCUGCUGAGGCCCCGCCCCCCCUCCGCCAAGGCUGCCUCACACAGCCAACACUCUCUGUUGGGACAUAGCUGGAGGAUGCAAACAAGGACGACGAGGGCACUCAAUCAUGCCGCCGCUUCUUGAGGCGCUAAAAACUUUUUAGGCCGGGGGGGGGGGGUCGAGGGACUGGAACAGGGGGCGGGAGGCGGAGGCUUACCCACCUUAGUACCGUCCAUUAGUGGCUGGCUGCCACGUGGACACAGUGGAGUGAUGCUAAGCUGCCGUUUGUCACUCUUAAUGUGUGGCUCUCAUGUAAGCGCGCUGCUGGUGCCGCCCUCUGCUGGACGCCCUGGGAGGCGGGGCCACAUCUGGAAUGUACAGCUUGAACUCUGAUCCCAUUUCAGGUCCAAAAAGGCGACCAAUCUUACAUCUUUCAAAACAGUUAACUUCACCUCUGACGUCUUGGGCUCAUCUGACCGUUUGAUUUGAAAAGAAGGAUCUUUGAAGGGAUGUCACACUCCCGUUGUUAUUUAAGGUGCAAAGGUAAGUUUUGUAUGGUGGCGUAUCUGCGUGUACUGACAUGGUGUUUUGUCCAUCAACCAAAAGAUGCCAAACCAAUGGAAGACAAUUUGUCCCAAAAAAUAUCUCAACAGAAUGCUUUUUUUGUACUUUUUUGUAAUUAUGCUGUAAAAUAAUAAAUGUGUGUGUUUUUUCCCCUCCCCCACCCACCACCACAUGGACACAAAGAGUUGGUGUGACCUAACAGGCGGUGACAUUUCGAACUUGGUGAAUGUCAAGGACACAAUUUGGGAUGCAGCCUCACCUCAGCAGCAGCGUGUGGAAUAUUUGUGAUGAUUUUUUUUUAUUAUUCCUGCGAUCAUCCCAGCAUGAUCAUCUCACUCGCUCGCUCGCUCGCAAUGAAAACCUCACUGGACUUUUUGCUUUUUGUUACGAUGAAUUCUGAUUUCCCGUCUGCGCUUCAAAGCCUCCGUCUUCGUGUUCCGUGUCAUUCCCAAACGCAAACACACUUCCUCCUGCUCCUCGGGCAGUGCCAAAAAAAAAAGCAUUGUGUGUUUUCAGUGUGGAACCAUUAAAUGAAUACGUUGUUUUGCA